CCGGUGUGGAGGGCAGAGCGAGCGCAGCUGCUCUCAGCGCUCGCGACAAGCGCCAUUCAUCUGAGCGGACCGCGGGCACACCUGGUCGGACCGAAGACGGCAGUUUAACGAGCGAAACAGUUCCACACAGCACCCGGGUUAAUCGCUUGAGGAAUGCGGUGCCAUUAGGACGGGAGCCGAGAGCUGAAAGUUCAACUUCAACGUUCAGUUCGUUUUCACCAACUUGAGGAACUUAUCAAAAGGGAUCAUGGCCACAGGCGGGUUUAAGCCAAACGCAACGACAGACUUUUUGGAGGAGUGGAAGGCAAAGCGGGAGAAAAUGAGAGCCAAAAUGCUGGGGGACAUUGCGGCAGCCACCGGGGCUCCCUUGGGUGCCGGCAACACAAACAGCAGCAGUCGCCACGCAUCUCCGCCGGGCGCCGAGCUCACCAACAACGGCAACCCGGACCGAAGCGCCUCCAACUGCCUCCCCUCCUCCUGCUCUGUGGCUCGGUCCUCCUCCGGCACAGCUUUGAAGAGACCCGAGGAGGAAACGCACCACCCCGCUGCACCCACGGCCACCCCGGGGAGCAACCUGAAGAAAGCCCCGCCUCAGACGGAGAAGGCUCAGUGCGCCUCGCCGGACUCCAGCUCCAUGGCGUGCAAUGACAGCGACAAGGAGAGUCCGUCACCCAGUAAGGUCAAGGAGAAGAACAGCACUGGUCCCAGCGCCAGAAAGGGGAAAGGGCAGAUCGAGAAGAGGAAGCUGAGGGAAAAGAGGAGAUCAACAGGUGUUGUCAGCAUACCAUCCAAUGAGAGCCUGGAUGAGCUGGAUGAUGACGACGCAGGGGAGAAGGAGCGGAGGCAGGAGGAGGAGCUGGUUCAGGCCAACACUUUCCAGAACGAGGCCAUGACAGCUGACCCUGCCAGUGGCCACUUAUUGGAUACCCCCAGAUCUGCCAGCAGCCGCCACAAGAGCUCUGCAGGGCCGGGAUCUGAAGAGGAGGUGGGUGGAAACAGCAGACAGCGACACAACCGUCACGGCAGAGAUGGAGGAGCUGCAGCACCAGGAAGUUUGGAGAAAAGGAUGGAGGAGCUUGAGAAGGAGCUUGCCAGAGAGCGUCAGGAGAACGUCAGGUUGCUGAAGGCCCACCAGGACAAAGACGACCUCAUCGGGAAGCUGAAAGAGGAAAUUGACUUGCUGAACAGAGACCUGGACGACAUCGAAGACGAGAACGAGCAACUCAAACAGGAGAACAAGACUCUGCUGAAAGUGGUGGGUCAGCUGACGAGGUAGAACCGCCCUCGAUGGAUGGAGCGUCUCUAUUCUGUCCUUCCUCCCGCCCUCCUGCCCCGGGUCAAGUCCAGCAGCAUGGCCUUUUAUCUGUUUGAUUCUGUCUGAACCUGUAAAGUAGUCAAUCUCAGCCUCACAGCCUUAAGUAACCCCCCCCCCCAGGAGGAUUUAUCCCAUUUGUUGUGAAAGCUGAGCGAACUAGAGUCGAGCGUUCUCCUGUGAGGCUCGUCUGUCAUCGUAUACAUAUUUAAUGUAAAUUUAUUGUAUAUAGGCCAUUUAGGUUGUUCAUUUUUUGGGGAUUUUUUUUUUUUUUUGAUAAGGUCUUAAAAAGCAAAAGUAAAAUGAAUGUAUGUGCUGCACAAACAAGUGCACGCAGAGUCUUUUGGAGGUUCAAACAGAGUGUAUGUGUGCACACAGCAGCCACCCAGGUAAAUUGAAAAAGAUCUCCAGCGUUGAAGUGUUCGGAUUGUGUCUGUGUGCAGUUUCACCAGCGAACUUGUGACGAUGGAGCUUCUGUCGAGGAACUCUUGGACCAAAUUCAACAGAAUUACUGCUGCAGCACCAGCAGCCAAAGUGGGCGAAGUGCCUUGCAAUGCAUGUGAGAUUUAUUUUGUCGAUCUUUAAAAAAAAAAAAAAAAAAAAAAAGACAGUUAAAGCCUGGUGCUUUAUUAAUGAACAUACAGUAAGUGCCAGGUUUACUUUCCUCCAUUAACGUCUUUGAAAACAAGCAUCUACAAACUGUAAUGAGGAUUAUAAAUAUGUCCAGUUUAACUGAUAAAGUGAACACAAGCAAGACUUCAUACCAGUUAGAUGCUUUGUGCAUUUCAGCAUUCACAUCUGAGCAUUAUACCUGUCCUUGAUGAAAUGUUUUAGGGUGAAACCCGUGCCUAGCAUAUAUGUGGAUUCUUUUGUAAGAAGCAUUCUGCUCUCUGUAAUUCGUUUACAAGUUAUUCUAAGUUAAGUCUUUGCAAUGUUCGACGGCCGUCUCGCUGCUCUGACGAUGGCAUCGAAGAUGUGUGGAGUGAGCUACAGUGCGUUUUCUUGUAUGAUAACCAAAUGAACUGAAGGAACAUACUAUUCGACGUGCAUCUCUUUUGUUUACUCAAGGGAACAGGCUUGGCUGGUAGUGGCAUUUUAUUUCCUGUAUUUAGAUCAUUUCGCCCGGCUGAGGAGCUGCUCAGCGAGCGUUGCAAUUAAUCCGUAGGUUUUAGUCCGUCGAUAGGUAACUCUGCUUCUACGUGCACUCACAUAUUUUGGGGUAAGGAUCAGCCUGUUGCAGACAGACAUCACAGACCCGUCUCUCUUCCCAUUACAUUAUGCAUGUACAGAAGAUUAAGACAUUUAAUAAAAGUUUGAUUAUCUCUCUC